ACCAAAAAGAAAAGGAAUCUAUCUUUUAAAAAAUUUAACCACCAUUAAAGAAUAUAUGAUGGAUUUCUUUGGAGGUCUCCUCAUUUCUCUCAAAUUGCUUUCUGCUUGCUAACUCUCUCACUCUGCUUAGGCGACAUGGCUGAAACUUUUCUUGGUCCUGUCAUAGAAGAGGCCCUUUCCAAAUUAGCAUCUUUUACUGCUAUACAGAUCCGCUUUGCAUGGGGUUUGGAGAAGGAGUUGUCAAAGCUUCGCAAUUCACUCAACCUGAUUCAACUUGUGCUCCAAAAUGCUGAGGAACAACAAAGUGAGGCGGCAAUACGGCACUGGCUACAGGGGCUCAAAGACAUUGCUUAUGAUAUGGUGGAUGUACUGGAUGAGGUUGAAUAUGAGGUACUCCAACACAAAGUAGAGGCUCAAAGCCAAGUGAAACGGGUGCGCAACUUUUUCUCUCCCUCGAAUCCCAUUGCAUUUCGUUUCAACAUGGCUAAUAAAAUUAAGAAGAUUAAUGAGUCUCUUGUUAAAGUAAGAGAUGAUGCAGUUUUUACUACUCUUCUUGCUACAAACAAAAGCCCCCGGGUUGGCAAAUCCCAGCCUGCUACUCACUCCUUUCUAGAUUCAAAAUUUGAAUCAAGAAGGGAUGAGGAUGUCACAGAAAUUGUUAACCUGUUGACUGAACAAAGGAGUCAUCAGCAUACUAUCUCUGUCAUUUCUUUGAUUGGCAUGGCGGGAGUUGGAAAGACAACUUUAGCAAAAUUGGUGUACAAAGAAAUUGAAAAGAGAAAAUUGUUUGAUGUAGUAGCAUGGGUGUGCGUUUCUGAUGAUUUUGAUGCACAAAUAAUUUUAAAUGGGAUGUUGGAACAUCUUGCUCGUAAUGCUGGUGUAAUAAAUAAUAUGAAUGUUUUGCUCAAACUACUAGAAGAAAAAAUAGAAAAGAAAACUUUUCUUCUUGUUCUUGAUGAUGUGUGGGAGGAUAAUUCCAAUACUUGGGCUACUUUUAGUGAUCUUUUGUCAAAAUUUGUGAAAACUAGUGGGAACUCCAUUGUUGUAACCACUCGUAAGGAAGGGGUGGCAUCAUCCAUAGCCAAGUAUCUUCCUUUGCAUAGGCAUCAUUUAAAAAGGCUAUCAGAUGAUGAUUGUUGGUUGAUAAUAAAAGAAAAGGUUUUUGGAUCUACAGAGGCAUCCAUAGCUAAUCAUCAAUUAGAGGCUAUUGGUAGGGAUAUUGCAGAAAAAUGUGGAGGCCUGCCAUUAAUUGCAAAUGUUUUGGGAGGGACAAUGAUUCAGCAUUGGAUGGCUCAAGGAUAUCUUCAUUCAUCUAGUCAGGAAAUUAUGGAAGAUAUUGGUAACAAUUAUGUCAUUGAUUUGUUAUCUAAUUCCUUGUUCCAAGAUGUUCAAAGGGACAGAUAUGGGAAUAUCACACACUUUAGGAUGCAUGAUGUGGUGCAUGAUCUUGCCCUGUUAGUUUCAGAAGGUGAAACAUUGAUUUUGAAGAAUGAUUCCAUCCAUGAAAAUUCUUUCAUUCAACAUCUGAGGGUCCCAUCUGGUGCAGUAGUGGAUCCAACUAUCUUGAGAGGUGUUGCUCCAAAGUUGCAUUCAUUGUUCUUAGAGGUUGAUUUCUACAGCAUGUCAAAGGUGGAUCUUAAAAGCAUACGGUCUUUAACUUUAGAGAAAGCAGAUGGUGAUAAACUGCCAGUUUCUCCAAGCAAAUUGAAGCAUUUGAGAUACCUUGACAUGUCAGGCACUAAAAUCAGGGCACUCCCAAAAUCCUUCACGAAGUUUUUAAGACAUUUUUAUUUUCACAAUGACAAGCUCAUGCCAAGAAAUAUUGGGCGUUUGACUUCCUUGCAAACCUUGUCAUUAUUUGCUGUGGGCAAAGAAGAGGGAUAUCAUAUUGAAGAACUUGGAUGCUUGAGUCAACUCAGAGCAUUGAGAAUAUGCAACCUUGAAUUUGUCAAAUCUAAAUCAGAAGCCACCAAAGCAAACAUGGAGCAGAAGACAAAAUUGUAUGAGUUGCGAUUGGAAUGGGGAAGAAACAAAGAAGAGGGUGACAACAGCUAUGAGGAGGUUCUAGAAGGCCUUCAGCCUCCCUCAAAUUUGAAAAAAUUAAGUAUUGCUGGUUAUAUGGGAGAGAAGUUCCCGUUAUGGAUGGAGAAAGGUGUCAAUUUAUCUGGUGAUGCAUUUUUACUCAAUCAUCUACUGGAAUUGCGAUUAUGUGGCUGUGAUGAAUGUAUGGAUAUUCCUAGUUUGGGAUUUUUGCCUAAUCUCCAAGUUCUUAAUCUGUGGAGUAUGGAAAAGGUGAAACGUAUGGGCAGCAAGUUUUAUCUUAACAGAAGCAACAUUGCAAGUACUAGCCAUGGUGGAGUUGACACAAUCACACUGUUCCCAGCUUUGAAAAAUCUCAUUGAAGACUUGGUCGAUGGGUGGAUUUGCAUCUCACCACAAGCUCUCUAUGCUAGAGAUAUCUGGUUGUUCAAGUCUUGUGGCUAUCCCAAGCAUAGAUGGGCAGCUCUCUCUUAAAACAUUAUCAAUUAGUAGCUGUCCAGAACUAGUUUGUCUAGAAAAUGGGCUAGAUACCUGCACUUCUCUCCAGUACUUGAGUAUUUGGCGAUGCCCUAAUCUAAUUUCU